AUGGAGGUAGAGACCGAGGCGGCAGGGUUGUGCUGCGAGUGGUUGCGGGCUGUGAAGGAUGCUCCUGAAAAGAGCAAGCGUGACAUUGCUUUCGCCGUUGCUCUCAAACUCGUGUUCCCGCCUCCCGUGGUCCUUCCAGGAGGCACCAUGUAUCAGCCCAAGGGCUGGACGUCCCGCGACGUAGCCGCGCGGCUGGCGGAAGCGGGCUCCCGAUGUGCUCACUCCACGAUCCACGAGUUGACGAUGAAACACUUAAACUCCGCCGACUGGAUCCGUUCCAGCCCGCUAGAUCAAGUUGUCCAGCUCAUCAGAGACAGCCCGAAGGUCGGUGCGCCGGCCAUUUUCACCUAUGAUGAAAUGGAGCAGUGUAUCCAAAUGCUCGAGGGGUUUGCUCGAGCCGGGCAAUGUCUCACGCAAAAGAAAGCUGGCGUCUAUCUUGUGGCAUUGUCGCGCCUGCCUCAAAUGUCGGGCGCCCCACGACGCCAGUUCACUCGUAGCGAGCCGAGCCGCCAGUGGUGGAAAGACUUUCUCCAUUUUUGCAGCGGUCGUCUCGCCAUUCGUCAAGGGCGAACGCUGGAGCUCUCCAGGAUUGCUGCGUUUCAAGCGCAGGUCUUAGAAGCCCGCUUUUGA